UUAGACUGAGCGCUGUCAAAGCUGCGUGAAUUGCAUGGCAAGCACAUCGUCAUGAAAAGAUAUAUGCUGCUCGUUGUGUUUCUCCUGGCGUUUGUGGAAGUAGCGAAUAGUGUUGUAUACAGUUGGAUUCUUAGUGUAAAUCCUGUUGAUACGGACGAAGGGAAGCAGAGCAACAGCCCUGACAACAACACUAAGGGAAACUCAACUGUGCAAGGACACUGUAGAAAAGACAGACAGUGUGGCCAAGGAAAAUAUUGUCACAAGCACAACGGUUUAUGUCAUGCUUGCAAGCCAGUAGAAUCUGCGUGUCGUCGAAAUAACAUGUGCUGCAACGGAUUGGAGUGCGUAUUUGGGUUCUGCAGGAAAGCAGUUCCUCGGGGUACAGAGGGUGCAAGAUGCAGGAAAGAUCGCAAAUGCGAUUCCGGAUUAUGCUGCGUUAAAGUUCACGGGGAGCCAAUCUGCAGGCGUUUGCUUCAAGAGGGUGAAGACUGCUAUGUACCGGAAGGUGGUCUGGGUUACUCACUGAACCAAAAGUGCCCGUGUGCGGCGGGUUUGAUUUGCAAGAAACUGAAACAUCGGCAUCGCAAGAGAUUCGUUUCACGUCUCGAAAGGAAAAAGAGAGUUUGCCAAAGACUUUAGCCAGCAGAGGGUAACAUCUGAGAGGAGCGAUAGCCGCGGAAUGCUGCGGAUUACAGAAUUGGGAACAAUUGUGCCUAACUGUGCACACUAAAUGCAUUCCCACUGCAAUAGAGACCAAAACUACUGAAGUGCUAGAUAAAUAUAAUUAUGUAUAUAACAUAUUUCACACUCCAAGUGAUGGAAAGUAGAUAUGAAUGACACUAUAAAUUAUCAUGUACGUUUUCUUUCCUACUUAAUCCAAGGCUUAAUGAAGGCAACUUUAACACGAAACGGAGUAGCGAGCGAAGGAGCAAAGAUAUAUUUUUGUAGCGUGGAGCCAUCAAUAUGCAAAGCAAUAGUAAACAUUGUUGAAACUUUUGUUAGGCAGUACAAUGGUCUUUAGGUGUCAAAACCAAGACAUUUAUGAAUUUAAUGGACAUAAAACGUUAAGGGAAUAAACCAAGGAUAUUUCUUCUCAAAAUAAAAGAAAAAUCUCAAGGAA